AUUUGAACUAACCGAGAUCCUCAUUUCAGUUUUCUGCUGGAACAACUGGACUUGAAACAGAAUCAGUUCUUCAGGAAAUAGCACCACUACGCUGCAGGAAAACAAUUUUAACCAAUUCCUUGCAAGGUAGAAAGAUGAUCGUUCAAUCUCUCUCUUUCACCUCACAUUUUAUUUGUUAAACGAGUGGAUCAUAGGGGCUAUCGUUUACUACACUUCACCUUUCGCUACAAGUUAUACAUAUAUUAAAACAACUGGAUCACAUGGGUUAUCGCCAUUGAACAGCUGCAUCUGCUUCCUGAUUCCAUACAUAUAUAUUCAAAAAAUAAGCAAACCAAUCAUCUGGGAACUUCUAUGCUGAUCAAAGUUCGAAGGAAAGGGGACCGACAAUUAUAUUCGCUCGCAGCUGGAAGUGCAGGAAGAAUGCUGUCACAUUGUUACAGAUGUGAAGCGGAAGGCUGCUCCAGAUGUCAGAAACUAACAACUGGAACUGCAAAUGUAUUUUUUUGUGUUGUUGCCAAAGCGUUUCCCCCUCCUCCUCCUCCCUUCUCCUUCCGUUUCCAGUUUCGUGACUGCAUUUCCACAGGCUGUUGCUUCGAGUCACUGACAUCACGUCGAUGGUGACAAGAACAUCGAGGGUGAGAGCAGAAGUGACUUUAAAAAUAAGGCGCUGCCGAGGGCUCCACUACAUCUGGGCGGGAUUACUUCUCGACCUUCGGGACUGAAAGAUUAGAGCGAACCUGAUCCGGUCUGGGGAAGGAAUGUGCAUGUCACUCGCCACGGUGGUGAAGGAUUUAUGUGUGUAGAAAGGUACAAUUUGAACGCACGGCGCAUUGGCGUUGUGCUUGCUGCAAUAAACUAUGAAGAUGCAGUGAAAGUCUUUGCACUUCAGAUUAUUAUACGGCACCGACUGAAAGCGAUUCCACACAUAUUGGCUUCGACUUCUUGCUCCCACUUUUGGUCUUGGAUUGCACUUGGAAGGAGAGGAUUGGGAUUUGGGUUGAUCCCGUCGCAAUUCUCCCGGAAAACCGUUCCGCUAAUCUGAGGUUUCUCAACUCUGAUCUGACGUGGCAUUUUUUUUCUCUCUUCAUUUUUUCUUCCUCUCUCCCUGGCCAUCGACUCCCCUGCCGAGUGGGUUUGGCUCUGACCUCUGCAGCUGAAAUCCUCUCCCCUUCCUGUCUGACGGCGCGAUGGGGAGUAUUCCUUAUGGCUACUUUUCCUGGCAGAUGCAUCUCUGUUCUGCAGCACCAUCCGCUUGCAGUUACACCUCGGACAGAUCAUAGCCGCCGGCCCGGGGAUUCUUCAGCCGAUCCUGAACAUCCUUCCAACUGCAGUAUUUGUGACCUUCCGAACUGCCCGCUUCUUCAUGUCUCAAAACCCAAUCCAGUCCCCUUCAACUCCAAACUUGACUGAACUACCCGGGGUCCUGUUUAAUUGAAGUUUGCUCUACUCUCUUUAUUUGUAGUGCAUCCCCUUUUAUUUCGUGGACGGGAUCUCUUUUUUUGCUUUUUCUCCUUGGUCUGGAUUCCCCCGGCCGGAUACUACCUUCCUCCACCGAGAUGAAGGCCUCCGGUGUGAGGAAGGUUUGGAAGAACGAGAAGGUGGAUGAAGCCCAGGCUUUGGCUCGGAGCUGUGCGGGGAGACCAGACUUCCAGCCUUGUGACGGCCUCUCCAUCUGUGCCACCCACAGCCAUGGCAAGUGCUUCAAACGGCACUGGUGUUGCUACUUAGGAUGGUGUCACUGUAGAUAUAUUUAUCAGCCUAUGACCCCCGUAGAGCAUCUACCAAGCACUUCAAUCCCGAUGAGCAUGAACAGCCACACAAAUACUGUCCAGCUGUCCAUCUCGCUGAUGGAACAUUUUCUAAAGACUUCUUCUUUCCUCAGGCCUCCAUUCACACCCGACGCACCCAGGUACUGCACCAUUUCCAAACUCUUUGUUGACAGCUAUCGGGUCAAAAGGAUUAAUGGGAAGAUGUGCUAUGUUCAGCGUCAGCCUCAACCAGCCCCUGUUGUGCAGGACCCAAAGGUUGGAGAUAACUUUAGUCAGACUACCUCGGUCUGUUCAAAGGGGCCAACUAUAGCAGACAAGGUGGCAGCCCCACAAAUGAACCAGUGCUCCUCACCAUCUGCCUCAGAAGAUUCUGGGAUAAAUGCUUUAGGGCUCCACUACCCAGAAUCAUGUGACGAAGACACAGAGGAGGACGAGGAUGAAGAUGAACUGAGCUCAGAUGAUGACUCUACUCCAGAGAGUCAAUGGGAUCAGGAUGAUUGUGCUUUGCUUUCUCCUUCUCAAUCCACCAUGGAAAUUAUCGAAAAAAUUGAAACAACUGUCUGAGUUAAAGCAGCAAGGAAGGUUUCCUGGUAUCUUCAUUCAUGCUGGAUGAAACAAAUACAACAGAAGUUUAUGAAUUCCAAGAUAAAUUGAAGAUGUGCUCAGUAUUUCAUUUCACUGUUUUGAAGUAACUAAAACAUAGGAACUGCUCAAAGCUUUCUCAGUUAUAAAAUAGACACUUAAUUAAAAUAUAAUGCAUGCAGAUGGUAGAUGAGUGAUUGCUGUGCCAACCUAGAGAUUUAGACUGUGGAAAGACCAAAGGGGCCAAGACUUUUGAAGCUACCAAGCACAAUAUCAAAGCUGACAACUGUUUAAUCCAAUGCUUUGGCAAUGUCAUAAUUUGAAUCUCACACUCAAGCACAUUUGACUACACAGCACCACUUCUAUAAGUCCAGGCUGUUUUUCCCUCCUGACAGGGGUUGAAGAUAGUGGGGAAGAGGGGAGAAGGAAUAGACACAAGUAGAUGAUUUACAAUAUAUCAGUAUCAUGCCAAUUACAGAAAGCAUUACAGAAAAAGUGCAUUAAGAAAAAAAAAUCUGCACCUUUUCCUAAAUCACAGAAUAGUAAAAGAUAUUAGGGCCUAAUCUCUUGUUGUGGGACAAGUCAAAUGAUUCCUUCAAUCCAAUAAUUUGUAGAUAUAACACUGAAUGAGUUACAUUAACCCCGCAUGAAAAGGUGCUUUCAAUUUUUUGAGUUAUCUUGUAAAAUAUACAUUGUUAUUAUCACAAUAUUAAUUGAAAAUUAUUUUUAUUGAUGUUUACAUUAUUAGGAUAGAUACCUUUGUUACAUUAUUUGUCUUGCACUGUGCUGUUUUGUAUUAUACAGAAGAACACUGCUAAACUAGUGGUUCAGAAUUUCCUCAGUCAGCAAUAAGGUUCAGUUUAGGUGUACCUUUUAUUUGAGGCAGAAGAUUGUGCACAAUUAAAGAGAAUUUUCUGGGGAAUGAAAAAUGAAAGCAGACUUUGCCAAAUGUAUUUUUUGGUUUCUUGAUUUGGGAAGCACUGAUAAUUGACUCAUGAAACACCACAUACAAAUAAUAUGCUUGUGUUCAUGUGGAUAAAGGAGAACAGUGCCUGGUGGUCCACUAAGUUAAAGAGAAAUUAAGGUUAACAAAUGGAAAAUUAGCCACUGUGACACAAGCAAAAGUAUUAAAAACUUCUCCUGAUCUUUCUAUAAAUUUCAAAUGGAGUGUCUGACAAAGGGCAGAAUCGGUACACAAUAAUGUAGUGUGUUCAAUUGGCAUCUGCCACAUGCAGUGUGACUAAAUCUGUGUGCAUACCAUGCUGCAAAUAAUUCCAGUGAUUAAUCAUAACUGCAACAUAUUGGUAGACUUUGCAGGUGAUGGUCUAAAAUUUUAUGUGUAUUCAAUCUGUCAAGGUGAGAGGCAUCACCAGUCACUCAAUGCCUGCAGCACAAGAGGAGGCCAUUUGGCUUCUCAAAUCUGUAUCAGCACUACAUAGAGCUGCUCAGUGAGUCCCACUCCCCCGUCCUUAUCUCAAAGCACUGCCAAUACUUCCCUUGUUUAUUCACAUCCUUUAGAAUGCCACGAUUCAACCUGCCUCCUCCAAAUGAUUGGCAAUGCCUUCUGGUUCCUAACCUCUCCUGUAAAGACAUUUUUUUGCAUGUCACUUUUAGUUCUUUUGCAAAUCAUCUUCAUCCGGUGCUCCCUAUUUCCACAUCCCUCCCACCAAUGGGAACAGUUUCUCCUUGUUCACUCUUAUCUUAUAAACUUAAUAUCUUUACAUUUCACAUCCCCUCCUAUGUACAAAGGAGAACACAAGCUUUUCCUGUCCAUCCAUAUAACUGAAGUCACUCAUCCCUGGAAUCAUUUUAGUUAAUCCCCUCCUCUUGUAGAUUGUGGUGCCCAGAAUUCCCAUUGGGGCCAAAUCGGUGUUUUAUAAAGUUAGUUUUGAGUUCAUUGCUCUUUUACAUUCUGCCCCUUUUACGAAGUCCAAGAUUCUGUGUGCUUUUUUCACUACUUCUUCAACCUGCCCUGCCACUUUCAAAAAACUACAUAUGUUCUCUCCAUUCUUGUAACCCUUCUGGUAUUGCUCCCCUCUACUUUUCAUUGCCUUUUCUCAUUCUUCCUACCAAACUGUAGCACAUCACAUUUCUUGGCUUUAGACUUCAUCUGCCACCCAUCACCCAUUCCACUAGCAAAAGACAAAUUGCUGGAGGAACUCUGCAAGUCAAGCAGCAUCUGAGGAGGCAAAGGCAUGGUCAAUGUUUCAGGUCGAGACCCUGCAUCAGGACAAGAUUCCAGCAACCGCAGUCUCUCGUGUGCAUCCAUUCCAUGAACCUGCCUAUUGCUCCUUGAAGUCCUCACAUUUCACUACACCCUUAAAUUGUGUGUCAUAUGCAGAUUUUAAAAUUAUGCCCAAGUCCAACUCGCUAAACAUAUUAAAAUAUUAAAAGGAGGUUUUGGGGAACUCCUCUCCAAACUUACCUCCAGCCUGAGAAAGAACCUUUCAUUCCUCCUCUGUAUCUUCUUCAAUUCAGCCAGUUUUCUAUCCACAGUGCUGCAGCUCCCUUUUGCUCCAUUCACAACCCUAUUAUGUAGCACCUUAUCAAAUGCCUUUUACAUCAACUGUGUUCCCCUCAAAGACCCUCUCUGUUGCUUCAACAAAAGAUCUUUAAAGUUAGUUAUAUGUGAUUUGCCUUUAACAAACCUAUAAAGGCUUUCUCCAAUCAAUUCACAUUUCUCCAUGUGCCUGCUGACUCUGAUUAUUGAUUCUUAAACUUUGCUCACUCUUGAAAUUAAUUUGACUGGUUAUUGGGGUUAUCCCUACACUUUUCUUGAAAUAAGUUAGGAGUUCAGGAUAUCUCAGUUACUACAUCAGAAUGUUUGUAACUUGUAUAUAUAUGGACUAUGUCUAUCUGAUCAUUUGGCUACAUCUAACACGGUCAGAACCAGAAAGAUUUCUUUUUUAAUAUUGUCUCAGCAUAAUCAAAAAGUACCAUCAUUACCUUCCCUAUUUACGAAUAGCCUCAGAUUGUAAGUGUCACUUUUGUGUAGUAUUUAUGGUCUAAUUAGUGGGAUAUAAAUUAAAAGAGCACAAUGUAGAGCACAAAUUUAGGAAUAAAUGUACACAAGGUGAAGGCCAAGUAAAAGUGUGAAAUUUUGAUCAUCCUAUUAUAAAAAUACCAUCCAUUCGAUAGAGAUUGUACAAGAUUAUCAGCAACAGUGACGAGGAGAGACUUUAACUACAGAGACUUCACUGAAGCAGAACUGCUGAGGAAAUGUAAUCAAGGUUUUUAUUAUUAUGAAAAACAUUGAUAGGGUGAAGAGGUAAAGACCGUCCCUAGGAUGGGAGUCGGUUACAAAGGAUCACUGAGUUUGGAGAAAAAUGUUAAAGUAAAUCAAAGAGCUGUGGGAGCAUCAAAUGCUUUGUCAGUGCUUGAGGACAUGAUCACCGUAUCACUAAAGGAGAAAUAUUUGAAGUGGGCCAAGAUACAAGAUAAUGGAGAGAAAGCCUAGCAGGGCAUUGUUUUAACAAAAGGCUAACAUAGAUCAUAUGGUUUGCAUGAAUGUGAUAAUUGUUGUAAACGUAUCAGUGAUAAACUUCAGACACAAAUGCACAAACUCAUUUCCAUCAGUUGAGAAGAGGAGGAUAUAUCAGAGGACCUCAGAGCUAUAACUGAAUUCAAGAAAGGAGACAAAUCCAAAUGUAGCAAUUACAGAGGGGUCUCUCUGCUAUCCUUCACAGAAAAAUUCAGCACCAGGUCCUCCUCAACCCCCCUCCUCACAGUGGAAAAAGAUCUGCUCCUCAAAUCACAGCCUGGAUUCUGUACAUCUAGAGGCACAGAAGACAUGAUUGUCACUAUCAGAAAGCAGCAUCAACUACUGUGCAUGGCCUUUUUCAACCUCAUUAAAGUCCUUGAUUCUAUUAACUAGGAGGGACAAUGAAGCACUCUCUUCGGACUUGGCUGUCCACAGAAAUUCAUUUCCAUCUUAGGUUUGUUGCACGAGAGAAUACAGGCCUUAAUCUAAAUCAAUGGGUCCACAAGAGACCCAAUCUUAGCGCUGACUGGCAUCAACAUUCUUUUUAAUCUUUCUCCCCACAAUAUUAUACCUCACCUCCUGCUGCAGUGGAGCUAAUCUACAGGACUACGUAGCCUCUACUCCCAGAACCAAGGUCACCCCAACCUCUGCAGUCGAGCUGCAGUACACAGACGACAUUUCUGUUUGUGCGUGUUUGGAGGCCAAGCUCCAAGUCAUCCUCAAAUCAUUCAGUGAAGGAUACCAGAGGACAUUGAACAUACAUGAAAAGAAAAGAUCCUCUGCCAACACUGUCAUCUGACAAUGAAAGUUCACAAGAAGACUCUGGAAAAUGUGGACCACUUCUCAUAUCUUGGGAGUGCUUCUCAGUGAGCAGACACCAAUGAUGAAAUUCACCAUACCCUUCACUGUGCCAGGAUAACACUGUCCAACAAAGAAAGAAGGGAUUUUGAAGGUCAGGGCCUUAAACCCGGCACAAGACUCAUGGCCUACUGAGCAGCUGAGAUCCUUGCUCUCCUAUAUGCUUCUGACACCGGGAUCAAACACAGUCAGAACCUCAAGGCAUUGGAGGGAUAUCACUAAUGAUGUCUCAGAAAAUUCCCCUAAAUCCACUGACAGGAUAAGUGAACCAUUCUCACCAUACUCUCCCAGGGCAACAUCAGCAACACUAAUGCUGUAAUUACAUUCAGUCAGCUCCUGUGGGAAGGCCACAUCAUUCACCAAGCUCCCAAAACAUGCACUUUAUUCUGAGCUCUAUUGCAGUGGGAUACUAUCAGAUGGAAUGAAACACCACAUCCCCACUAGCUCCUGGGAGUCCCUGGCCCAUUAUGACCACCUGAAGUGGAGAGAGAGCAUUCAGGAUAGCAUUGCAAACCUUAAGGCUAUUUUUUGGGAGUAUGCAGAAUCCCAUCAUCAACAGCAGAAGGAGUGAACCACCUCACAAACUACUCACCUACCUUUCCCAUCAAGUAUCUCCUGAACCAUCUGUUGAAGAGCCCGUGGGACCCAUAUUGGCCUUCCCUGUCACCCCAGAGUCCACAGAACUGGUGAGGAAGCAAGUUAUCUCUGAUCUCAAGGACUGCCUAAGUAGAAGAAGAAACAUAAGUAGCUUUAUGAUCACAUUCUCGGGAUCUAAACAAAGGUUUGUCCUUGAUGACAUGUGAAACAAAGAGGAUUUUAAGUAUAAACUAUGCCUUCUACUCACUAUCUGCAAAGUCUACUCAUGAAGAUACAGCAAAAGAUGCUUUAUCUCAUUUGUCAAUUGCAGAUUGCCAAAGAAAUCAUUCCACAAAGUCAGAUUCUUCUGUGCUCCCCAGUCCCAACUGUUCAAAAGUCGCAACACCACGCAGCCGGAAGUCACUAGCACAAUUAGCCCCCUAACAGGAGCCUGAAGCUACUGUCCAUCCUUAGAAUAGUCUUGGGGAGGGCAAUCUAACCCUAUGUAUAGGUGACAGAAUUACUUCACUGUGUGUGACCCUUGCUGUCUUUUAGUUACACUUCCUUUAAGAGUUGGGAUGAAAAAAUGAACCACGUCUUUCACUAUGUGUUAGUGCCUGUAGGAAGUACAGUUCUGGGCACAUCAGAAAGUCAGAUUAGACUUUGCCUACAUUAGCAACUGAAUAGCUUGCUGACGCUGACUAUUAAGGAAUACACAUGAAGAAUGACUAUUUGUAGGUGGCCUUUUCUUAUGGAACCAUAGCUCAGUAAACAACUCAAUGCCUUCAUGAGAGGAGAGGCUGGGCAUUCAGAGACGGAAGGGGAAAAGAAAGUAAACUGGUUGGCAAACAAGAAUAUAAUUCAAAUCAUAGCCCAGUCUUAAAUUAUUAAAUUUUGGCAGUGACUGGAAAUGUGUUGCAAUUUGGAAGUUAACAUUGCUUUCCCAAUUUAGAUUCUUCCAGGUUUACUUAUCUUCGCACCAGAGAAGUUUUUUCCAAUUUGCAUGUUUGAAUUUCCUGAUCCCUAGUAUUUUAGCUUAUCACUUUCUAACACAAAUUCCCACGUGUCUAUUUGAUUGUGAAUAUCCUAAUUUUGGUAUCAUUACUGGUCAGGGUGCUGAGGUGUAGGUAAUAACAAUGUUGAUUCAUACAAAAGCAGUCAUUUGGCUUUUGAGAAAAAAUUGAAAAGAUAACUAAUAUUUAAUUAAAAUAUAAAUUUAGUUAAAUAGCUUAGAGUUUUACAAGAUACAAUAUUAGACAAUGGAUUCAAAGCAUAUGUAGAAACAGAGAAUCAUUCUAUUAGCAGCAUAGCAAAAAUGCAUACAAUUUUACAAUGUAAUUAGUAAUGUUAUCCUUAUAAACUUUAGAUAAUUGUUUUUUAAUAAAAUCUUAGAGAUGAUAUUCCGUUAUCAUGUGUUUACAACAUAUUCAUGACUAAGUAUGCCAUGUAAUGCCAAAAAAAAGGAACAUACAAAAACAGUUCAUCUCCCUCUCCAGUCAGCUGUAAUGGGAAUGGUAUUAAUGGUAAUUGCACAUUGAAGUAUAACAGUAAUCAUGCAGGAACAGUUUCCAAGAUUCUCAGCUCAUCUUAAUGACCUAUCUGUUUGAUACCUGUAGAAUUAUUCCCAGACUGAAGAUACAUUUUUUUGAUCUUCCACACUCCAAUGAAGUGAAGUUUUAUGGUUGAAGUAGUUCCAAUUUGCUUGUGUUCUUCGGAAAGAGACAUGGGUAAUUCUCAACAAAAAGUGGAAAUGAACAUUUGAGUAUGCAUUACCAAACGAGAUAUUUCCAAAUAUACUAUUCUUUGCACAGGAGAAUUUUGUUUUUUGCAGUUUGCAAGCUUUGUGAGAAUUCCCUGAUUUAGCCUACUAUUUUCUAAUAUGAAUUUACUGAUUCAGAAUUCAGAAAGUGGUAAGCUCGUUCCUUUGUCAUAUCACAAAAAAUCAUUAACCUAAACAAAUAUGCAAAUUUAACAUCUGGGCACAGAAACAUUUAGGGCUAGUUCCUGAAAAGGAUUCUAUUGUCAUUUAUCAUUCAAGUCAGUCUUUUAUCGUCGCUGCAGCCUUGUUUUAAUUUCUUUUCACGCAGAUCACAAAGUAUUUGUCAGCUUCUCUCAAAAGUAAAAGAAAUCCCUUGCUGAAAUCAGUAAUAAAGAAUAAAUUGCAAUGGGGGUUAUCACAAUACUUCUAAAAACUCUAAUGCUCCAGGAUUAAUUUGCUUUCCACAUGGAGUGACAUCUCAGAAAACUUUCCUACUUUUCCUUCUCCCCAUUCUACUCAUACACUCAAAUGCGCCAGGUAUACCUGUCAAGUGAAAAAUUUGUAGACUAAAUCUAUUUGACCACUAACCAUAAAUGGCUUCAAGGAGGUACAUUUCCCUCACUGGGCUCCAAUGCGCUCACUCAGUCCUGUGAAGAAACCUCAUUUCCCAACACCAUCUGUCGAGGGAAAUAUGUAAUUCAAGAGCAAAAUACUACAAAUGCUGGAAAUCUGAAGUAAAAUGGAAAAUGCUGAAAUAAUCAGCCAGACAGGCUCCUUUUGUGGAGAGCUCAUAUCAAUAAACUUCCAUCAAAAGUGGAAAACAUUAACAGUUAAAACAAGUCUUAAGAUGCAGAGAAAGGUGGAAGGGAGAACACAAGGGGAAGAAGAUUAAAUGAAUAAAAUAAUAAUUUACACUUUUUUCAAACUAAUCUUUUAUUAUUCAGUAAUCCUUUUACCAAUCAUUUUCACUAUUUGGGACUUCACUCAAUCUGUCAUUUAAUCUUUCCUGCCCUCCACCCUAUCAAAAACCUUCCCUCUUGCCUUCUCCUCCACUCUCCCUUUUCUUUGUACCUUGUAACUUGUUUUUAUCUUUAUUUUUUCACACUUCUGAUGAAAAGACAUUGCCUGGAACAUUUUCUUGGUUUAUCUCUACAGAGGUACUGCUUGACCAGUUUAAUACUUCCAGCAUGAAUGGUGUUGAUUGAAAAUUAAUUCUCAGAACUUUCCCUUCUAAGGUUCUGAGCUUUGACAUACCAAACCAUUUAUAUACUGAAUACUCUAAGUAAUUAAUCUUUUGGAAAAAGUAUCACUUUACCAUCAAGUGUUACGGUUCAAGUCUUCACUGUGGAAAUAAAUUUGAGCAAAGUGUGGUUGCAUUCUGCUUAAUACAUUCAAGUUUUGAAUAUUCCAAUAUCUAAACUUCCAUUCUAAUAGUCCAGGUCAGCUUCAUGGCGUGCCAAAAUGGGAACAUAUCUUGUUUGCGGCUAAUGGUCAGAGAACAUAUGCAACACUGGAAAAUUUCCAGCUCGGACUAAUUUUAAUGCUGAAUUGUAGGAAGGAAAAUUGCUGAACUGCUAAUGAAAAGAACUUUUUUGUGUAUGAGACCUCUGGGUGGGAAUAGAUUGUGAAAGUUUGGAGAAGUAGUCAAUCUCCAAUCUUCAAUUUGUUUUUUUCUCACAUAGUGUAGUUUGCUGUGCACAUUAUAUAUGUAUGUUGUUUGUUUCUAAUAAAACCUCCAAUUCUUUCAUCCACUUAAGGAUUCUUGCAAAUGAUAUCGAAAGUGCCACAUGUCCAUGUAAUCAGGUCUGGCCCAUAAAGGAAGAGUACAAAAUUGGAAUGGAUUAUAAAAACUUGAGAAAUGACACCAUUAGGAAGUAAACAUAAAUCUGGAAAAUGUUAUUAAAUUGAACCGUGUGUGAGUUAGACAUGGGACCACAGGCUUGAACCAAAAAAAGGAAAAUUUAGGACUUUAACGAGGAAGUUCUUGACAUACCCAGUGAUCAAUAGAUUGAAUGGAUUCCAGGACGUAAUACCAGAAAUAAAAAACAUUAAAUCAGAGAAUGUUUCAAUGGGGACCUUUGGAUUAAUUCUGGAUGGAUGAAUCUGGAUGGGCGAAUCUGGAUGGGCAUCUGACGAAUAUUAACAUAAGU